AUGUUCAGAUUGAUAGUCCUUAUCAGUGCAUUUAUGGUGCUAACGGCAAAUGCCCAGAAUCAUGGCAGCCAUCACGGUCCAUUGAAGUAUAUGUUCUCUUACACGGUUCAUGACGAUCACACCGGGGACAGCAAGAGUCACACCGAAACUCGUCACGGCCACAAAGUAGUAGGUCAGUAUAGCCUCGUGGAACCGGAUGGACAUCGGCGGGUUGUUGAUUACACUUCCGAUAAACAUACCGGAUUUGUGGCUCACAUUCGACGAGAACCUGUCGAUCAUAAACAGCAACCCUACCAGCAGCGCCCGAUGAUGUUGGGUCUGGCUCCUAUGAGGGUGUAUGCCGUUCCACCGGCAAGACCUGCACGCCACUAUCAGCCACUGUACCAAGAAGCCGCCCCGGAAGUUGAACAGCAGGAACCGAUCUUCAAUUUUGAGCAAUAUGCUCAGGAGGAUAUUCGGCCUAUCAUUGAAGGGGGCCAGAGGCGAUGA